CCGUGCUGUGGCCAAUCACAGAGCUCGGUUUGUACGAGGGAAGUACCUCUGCAGCCAAUUGCUGCUUCUCUCUGUUAACACGUCACCGAAGGAAACAUGGCUGCGCACAUUACCAGAGCUGUGAAGCGACUUGUCCCUCAGGAGAGCGGUCAGCUCCUGCCCGCAGCCUGGCAGUUGUAUCCCGAAGCACGGCGUUAUCACCAUCACUCGGCAGGCCCCUCGCUGCGCUACAUACCCCGCAGGGCGGUUCUCUACUGCCCCGGCAAUGAUGAGCGAAAAUUGAGGAAACUGGCCUCGCUGGAAGUCGACUGUGCCGUCUUGGACUGCGAGGAUGGUGUAGCCCUCAGCAAAAAGACAGAGGCCAGAGAGACUAUUCCCAGGAUGUUGGCAGAGCUGGACCUGGGCCGGACGGAGAAGUGUGUGAGGGUGAACUCGGUGUCCAGUGGCUUAGCUGAGGCUGACCUGCAGGUCAUCCUGCAGGCUGCGGUUCUCCCUCCUGCCAUCAUGUUGCCCAAAGUGGAGGACACGCAGGAGGUGCAGUGGUUUGUUGACAGGUUUCAGCACAACUUGAAAGGACGGGCACUGACAGAACCCAUUCGCCUGGUCACCUUUGUGGAAACCGCUGUGGGCCUGCUCAAUUUUAAGGCGGUGUGUGAGGAAAUCCGUCGACUUGCUCCCAAGGCCGGUCUCCACCAUGACGGCGUGGUCUUUGGCUCCGAUGACUUCUGUGCCAGCAUAGGUGCGACGCGAACUAAAGAUGCCAGGGAGCUCCUCUACGCGAGGCAGAAGGUGGUGGUGACCACCAAAGCGUUUGGGCUGCAGGCUAUCGACCUGGUCUACAUUGACUACAAAGAUGUGGAGGGGCUGAGGCUGCAGGCCAGAGAGGGCGCUCUCAUGGGCUUUACAGGUAAGCAGGUUAUCCACCCAGGGCAGAUCCAGGCUGUGCAGGAAGAGUUCUCCCCGAGUCAAGAGAGGGUCCAGUGGGCCAAAGAGCUCAUCGCUGCUUUUGACCAACACCAAAAGGAGGGCAAGGGUGCGUUCACCUUCCGCGGCAGCAUGAUUGACAUGCCCUCGGUGAAGCAGGCGCAGAACAUCGUAACGCUCUCCGUCGUGGUGCCAGGGAUAUAACGCCACUGGUUGGGGAAGAAAAAUGGGAGGAACUGCACGAGUAAAGGUUAAAGGACACCGGGACUGUUGCAGGUUUUCUUGACAACAAAAGCACCUCAAAAGCUUAUGAACUAUGUUGCCUGGCAUAAGUGGACGCUGGGAAUUGUGGUUUUAAUUUAUGUUUUUAAUAACUGUUGACAUGUUUUGGUUGCUAUGGCAGUUGAAGUUUCACUUUUGCUGCUGUUUAAAAUAUACCUUUCAACAAUAUAAAAUGUGCACAUAGCGAGUCGCAGCAGCAGAUAUCUGCCUCUUGAAACCCGAGUGUCGCCGAUUACUGCCCCGUGUGGGGCACUUUCUUGGCACGCUCUGCGGUGUGUGUGCGCCACCAUGUCAUUCUUCUGUGUGUGUGUUUGUGCCCACGCCUCCCAUCUCUCUCCUAGGUCAUGAUGAAUGCUCUCCCAUCUCCACGGUCCAGGCAGCUGGGCGAAAGGGUAAACAAACACAACAAGCCACUGUUGUGGAUCCAUUCAUUGGGCCCCAGUCCUCUAGUCAGGCCUCAGCUCCCUGCCCACGACCCGACUCGCACACAUCAAAGUCAGAUGGAAGUGCAUAAACUCACGAUUUAGCUUUUUUUGUGUCAGUCUCCUUAGUAGAGACAUGCAGCUCGCCCUAUGGCAGCUGUGAGCCCGUGGUCUUGAUGGAGAAGGCGUGUGGCGUCAGACACGCCAUGACCCCGUACGGAAAAAUAAACACUGCGUACAUGCACAUGCUGCGGCGGUAUUCUUUUUACCUGAUCUUUCAUUUAACACAGUUAAACUUGGAUGUUCAUUUUCCAGAUAAGGUUCAAACCUUAUCAGCAUCCCUCCUCUUAUCCAGUUUUUAAAUGGUCACUUUUCAACAAAAAAAAAAAAUGAACUCCCAAACAAGUUCAGUAAAGUAAUUUGUUGUGCUGUCACAAAUAAAAGUACAAUGGAUCUCUGUGCACGUCUGACUUCCAGAGACAGUGAAGUGGGUGUGAUGUUGGAGUGAGACAGAUUAGUGGCCAUGUUGCUCCAGCAGACCAGGGCCGAGGCUUUGUCUCUCUGACUGCGGAUGGGAGGAUAAUUGGGGGGGUGUUGAAUGGUUAAUAGUGCCAUUGGUGACCAUGGUAAUGAAAGGCACCAUACCUCCCCUACCCCACCUCAUCCACUCAUCUCUCUCUCCCUCUCUCUCUCCCUAGUACUGUAUGAUCUAUUGUGUCUGGGGCAGGACUGUGGUCUGUGCCAGGCCAGGCCAGACAAAAAGAUCGAAACCACUCCUGCGCCCCGCCAAAGACCCGAACAGUAAGCUGUCUCUUUGGCAUUUGGCCACAUAUUUCCCUCACCCCUGGCUCACUUUUUUUUCGAAAUCCACAUUCAAGCUUGUUUGUUUGUUUUUCCACCCAAUCUACCAUUAUACCCCGAGGUUGGUGGACAAAACUGCCAUUAUGUUUGACUUUCAUUAAAUAAAGCCGCACACAUUAUUUCGGGGUAGAGCCUUUUUUGUGAGGCUCUUGCAGAUCUGUUGAAAUACAUGUUGGACAAACCGGAUCUGGAAUUCGGUCGACCUUAAUAUGUUUCUUCCACUUGUCAAUUACAUCAUUUGUAGAUUGUGAGCACUGAUUGCUUUAACAUGUCUUGUUUUUUUUGACUGUCAUUAAAACGGGUUACUCAGAUUUUGAUCGAACUUUGAAACACUUAACUGUGACAUUUCAUUAAUGUAUCAUUUCUUGCAGCUAAGUCUCGUUGCAGUCUGAAAUGAAUGCAGAAAAAUGAAAAUCAACUAUGAUUCUUGUGUGACUAAUAAUAAUAAUAUAAUAAAGUGCAGUCAAAAUUGUGCAAACAAUUCAAUACAAAUAAAGAGCUGUUUGGCAUCUCA